ACACCAAUGAAAGUGGAACAAUAGCCGCAAGUGACCCAGUCUACAGCAGUUGUCAUAACAACCGUAGCAGACGUCUUUCUUGUUAUGACUUUUACUUCAAACGAUUUUUAAUUUGGCGCUGAUGCUUGCAUUUUAUAGUUAUUAAUUAAGAAUAUGGCUACCGCGACACCGCCAAAUAUAUCAGCAAGGAUUUUCUAUGGCUUAAGAACGGAUAUCAAACAAAACGCCCACUACCUCACAGACUCCGAUAUUAUCUAUCCAGCCGGUGGUGUAAUAGUAAUUCACAACCAUAUCCAGAAGAAACAGAAGUUCAUCAGACUCCAGGACAAGCAUAAACCAAUUAAAUCAUUGGUAUUGGCUCCAAACAGACGAUGGCUGGCAUUAAACGAAAUAGCAGAAGAGGGCCAAAAGCCUAUCAUAACUAUUUACGACCUGACCACUUACAAGAGACGUAAAAUAUUAACUGUUCCAUUUGAAAACUCAACGGCUAGAGAGUUUGCGUGUGUUCAGUUCACGUUUGAUUCAAAAUAUUUAGUGGCGAUCACUGGAGAACCCGAUUGGUAUUUGUACUAUUACAACUGGGAUAAAGGAAAAGUAGAGAGCCAUGCUAAAGCCCAAAACCCUAGCGGUCAGGGAACCGUAGAAAGCGUACAAUGCAAUCCUUCGGACGCAACUCUUGUAGUUAUAACAGGUCCGUAUACAUUUCGGAUUAUGAACGUUUCGGAGACAGUGUGGCGGCAGUGGGGAUGGUGCAAGGCGGAAAAUAUAAAUAUAACUACUUGCAUGUGGCUGACUUCAGAUCGUAUAAUGUUCGGGACGGAUAAUGGAGUAAUCAUGAUGGUGGAAAACGGUGAAUUGAGACAGAACUGCAUUUUUCAAGCUAUUGAUGUAACAGAAAUGUCACUUAAAAAAGUCGACGUCGAGGCGGCGGAGGGCGAAAAGACCAGCACAACCACUGUAGAAGCAACCAGCAGUGAACAAGUUGUUGAAACAGAAUGUUAUCCUGUUGAACAUUUUACCAACUUCAAUAAAGGGUUUGCUUACGCUUGCGGCCCUGGAUAUGUUCACAUGUUUGAGAAAGAAUCCCCGCAUCAUUGGCGUAAAAGGAAUUUGUAUAGGAUUUCGAAAAAAUCAUACAAACAUACUCGAGAACAUCCACUUUGGUCGCCCCUUGACGCUAUACAACAUAUAACAAUUGAUCCAAAUCAAGAGACACUUCUUAUAACGACUCUCAGAAAACAAUUAUACUAUGUGAAACUAUUCGGACAGCAUAUGCUUCAGAAUCCAGAAAUCGCUUUUAAUGAACUAGGCCCUGCAAUGCAUUAUGGCCGUAUUAACUCCUUAUCCAUGUGCGCUUGGAAACCAAUAUUCAUGACUUCAGGUGAACAAGACAAGAGCAUUAGAAUAUGGAAUUAUAUGACGGAUGAUGUCGAAAUGAUUAAACUGUAUCAAGAAGAGAUUCAUUGCGUGUCUCUGCAUCCAACGGGACUUUUUGCUAUCGUAGGAUUUUCAGACAAGUUACGUUUCAUGGUGGUACUGAUCGAUGAUUUUGAAGUUAUGCGAGAAUUCCCCAUCCGGAAUUGCAAACGCGCAAAAUUCAGUACUAAUGGGCAUCUCUUUGCUGCUGUAAAUGGCCAAAUUAUACAGGUGUUUUCGUCCGUUUCGUUCCAGAAUGUUUAUAAUUUAAAGGGACACAACGGAAGAAUAACUAGUUUAGCUUGGUCUGCCAAUGAUUUGACACUGGUAUCGUGUGGCACAGAAGGAGCUGUUUACGAAUGGAACAUGUCUUCUGGGCAUAGAGUUGGUGAAGUUAUACUUAAAACGAAUCAGUUUAACGCAUGUGCAGCAAAUAGCAACGGAAAAACUACAUACUGUGUGGGCACAGACGGAGAAAUCAAAGAAGUUGGUUCAAAUACUAUUCGCAGAAAUUUAGGAUUGAUUGGAUGCGCUCUUGAUACGAUUGUACUAUCUCGUUCAGAUUUGAUGCUAUUUAUUACUGGUGGGGAAGGUGGGGUUGCUGCAGUUCAAUUGCCUUUAUUAGACAAGGCUAUCUUUAACGAAUUUCACAUGCACAAUAAGAAAGUAAUUGGCAUUGCUCUGUCGUAUGAUGAUCAAACAUUAGUAUCAGUUGCCGAAGAUUCUUCUAUUUGUUUAUGGAGACUAACUAAUGCUGAAGGACGAGCUGUUGCAUUGGAUAAAGAUUUUGCUUACUCUAAAGAGAUUUUAAUUAGCAAGAAGGAUUUACAAGAAAAAAUCAAUAGUAUAAACUUGCUAAGUACGAGGAUGAGUGAACUGGAGACCGAACACACAUACCAACUUCGUCAAGCAGAAGCUACACAAGCCGAAAAAUUAAAAGAAGUACACGAAGGAUACUGCGCCGCUAUUGAAGAGCUUAAAGAAAAGAACGAGCAAAUGGAAAACGAACACACCCACGAAAUAGGAAUGAUACAACAAGACAUUGCAAAACUGAGGUCUGGUCAUGAAAGAACUUUACAGGCGUUAGAAGCAGAUUUUAAUAUCAGACUUAUAAGCGAGUAUGAUAGGUAUCAGAGUCUAGAAGACAAAACUGCUCGGAUGAGGAAGGAUUAUGAACAAAGAUUGGAUGAUUUGGCAGAAAGUAAGAGACAAGCUCUAAGACAACUGAAUGAUAUGUUUGAAGCAAGGCUAGAAGAAAAAGACAUCCUACUUCAAGAGUUACAAGAACAAGCUGAUUUGGAAAAAAGGGAGCACGAAACGAUAAAAUCCUCCAUAGAAGAAGAUGCAGACCGAGAAAUUAUCGAAAUAAGAACGGCAUACGAAGUUCAACUUAAAGAAGAAAAAGAUGCUAACGUGAGAUUAAAAGGAGAGACGGGUCUAAUGAAAAAGAAGUUGAUAUCAGCAAACAAAGAAAUAGAUGAAUUCAAGCAUCAAAUAUCACAACUAAAAGCUGAGCACAAACAGUUCCAAAAAGUUAUUUCUACUUUAGAACGAGAUGUAGCUGACCUAAAAAAAGAAAUAUCCGAAAGAGAUGGCACAAUUCAGGAUAAAGAAAAAAGAAUUUACGAAUUAAAGCGUAAGAAGCAAGAAUUGGAAAAAUAUAAAUUCGUAUUAAAUUUUAAAAUAACGGAAUUGAAAAAUCAGAUAGAGCCCAAAGAGCAGGCAAUACGAGAGUUGAAGGUUCAAAUUGAUGAUAUGGAGAACGAAGAACUUAAAUUAUUGAAUACAAAACAUGAUCUUGAACUCAAGAUCAAUCAGUUAAAUGAAAAAGUUGCGUCAGCUAAGAAAGAUUUUCUACAUGAAGCAAACCGGAACAUGACUUUAAAAAAUACCCUAAAGAAAAUUAAAAUUGACCUACACAAUAUGACGGCAAACUUUCAAGAUCCUACACAGUUAAAACUUAGCGUGAAGGCGCUGUUCCAAAAAUAUGUGGAGGAUAUUGACUUCUUACGCAGUCGAGAAGCUGAAGAUGAGGCUAUUAGAGAGUUUAAUCGACAACGUGAACACCUUGAGAAGCAAUUGGCUGGACUCAGGGCGCAAUUAGCAAAGUCGCUGGGCGGUGCGAAGGGUGACAUCAGGAAAAUUAUGGAUGAAAAUUGCACUUUACUAGGAGAGAUCAACAAUUUGAGGAUAGAAUUGAAAUCUACGAGGAAUCGGUGCUUUCAAAUGGAGUCCAUACUCGGUCUUUCAGCGCGUUAUAUUCCACCUACCACAGCGCGCGCUAAACUGAAACACAUCACCGAGGAUCGAGAGAAAAUUGAUGAGAAGUUUAAGCAGAAAAUUGAGGAAAGAGAAGAAAUUAUCGUUGCUCUGAAAGAAGAGAAUGAACGUUUACUAGCCAAGGUCAGAUGUUUGGAUGACGAGGCUACUGGUGAACCCCUAGAUUUUAAUGUUAGAUAUUCUCUAACCCAACGUCCAAAUGUAGAAUCAGCACCUGCUCAAGAUGAUGAAGCUGAAGAUCCUCCAGACGCAACAUGAUCUAUUUGAUCACGUGGAUUGAGAUAAAAUUAUUACCAUAACUAUUAUAUAGAUUUAGUUUAUAUUUGGGAUUAUUAGAAAGAGUAGUAUUAUUAGAUUGA